AUUUCAAAGAGGAAGUUCAUUCUUUUCUUCUCCACAAACGUAGUGAACAGUUUUCUAGGAAUAUAUUUCAAAUUUUCCUAGAAAAACCUUCAAUAUCUUUUUCUUUCACUCUCGAAGAAUUGGAGAAUUUUUAAAAGAGAUUGGUGACUGCGCUCGUAAUCUGGUUUUCUACAUGGCGUGGCGGGGAUCUUUUGGAAGAUUUUGGGCAUCGUUCCAGGGAGGGAUGAGGCAGAGUGAUCCUUCUGCUCAUACUAUCAAGUCCCAUGGAGCCACACUUGCAAGAAAUCACAUUCGUGAUUGGCUUAUAUUGGUGCUUCUCAUAGUAAUAGAGGUUGUCCUCUUCGUCAUUCAUCCAUUUUACCGCUUUGUAGGAAGGGACAUGAUGGAAGACCUUAGAUAUCCUAUGAGAGGCAACACUGUGCCCGUAUGGGCUGUUCCUCUAUAUGCGGUUCUGUUGCCAAUGGCUGUUUUCCUUCUCUUCUAUAUGCGUAGGAGAGAUGUUUAUGAUUUGCACCACAGUGUUCUAGGCCUCCUAUUUGCUGUUCUGAUCACUGGGGUCUUGACCGAUGCAAUAAAAAAUGGAGUUGGCCGGCCUCGGCCAGACUUCUUUUGGCGUUGCUUUCCUGAUGGUGUAGAGGUUUAUGAUAAAUGGGGAGGUGUGGUAUGUCAUGGGAAGGAUAGUGAUAUAAAAGAAGGACACAAGAGUUUCCCUAGCGGCCAUACAUCAUGGUCCUUUGCCGGUUUAGGUUUUCUGUCUUUGUAUCUAUCCGGGAAGAUUAAAGCUUUUGAUCGCAGAGGGCACGUGGCAAAAUUAUGCAUUGUGUUUCUUCCUCUACUUGUUGCUUGUCUAGUUGGAAUCUCCCGAGUAGAUGACUAUUGGCACCAUUGGCAAGAUGUGUUUGCUGGAGGCCUUCUAGGGCUUGUUGUGGCAACCUUUUGCUAUAUGCAGUUCUUCCCUCCGCCCUAUAGUGAUAAUGGAUGGGGUCCAUAUGCAUAUUUUCAGGCAAUGGAGGAAUCACGGGCCACUUCAAACAUGAAUCGGGAUUCACCCGCUGUGCAGGUCAUGGAUAAUCGCGUUAUGAAUCAAGUACCAAGAAGAAAUGGUGAUGCAUUCACCCCUUUCUCUUAUCAUAGCCCAACCUUGGAAGCCAUGGAGCUGGGACAGAAGUGAUCUUAUAGCCGUCUUUCGCACUAAUCUCCCUUGUUCCUUGUGAAUUUGCUUGUGCAUACUUGUAAUUAAAUAUGAGGUUCUCUGCACGGCAACACUAGAUUUAGCAAACUAGCAAUAUUGUGCAGCAUCUGUUGUGGGUAGCUCCAUGCAUCACUGGCACUGCAACUGUAAAAAGGAAAAUGCUGUAUGCUGUAUGCUUUCCGCUGAUUCAGAUAAUAGUAAUAGAUGGUAGGUUAGUCGGAGAUUUUUUUUUCCCUCCCCAUUUUCCCCCUCCUAUAAAUCAUUCAAAUAGCAAAGCCAUUUCGAGUCGCUUUUGUAAUGUCCUACAUUCUGUGAGAUCAUGUUAUGCAAAACCAGUAUAGCAGGUAAAAUAAGCUGCAACGAAAUUCCGAGAAGUUCUGCUACAUCUCCUAUACAGGUAAAUUACGUAUAUAGAACUCG